AUGCUUAAGUCUUAUUUACGCCUGGUCCUGUCAGUGCUACUGCCACUGGCGCCUUUCCACCUCGCUACAGCACUACCAUUCCAUCCUAUCUCACGUCGCGGUACCCCAUGGGAGGUCCCAGGGCGGCAGGCUUCGCCUGCUACCCGCCCGACCACUACCAUAACAAAAACGCCAAACUCCGUUCCUAUACCGUCUCCGCCCUCUCAAAAUCCUCUCUUUGAGAACAAACAGUUGUCGUCGUUCGAUGAGCACCUCGCCUACUUCGGCACCAUCCACGCACCCUCUUUCGCCCCAAUGCUCACCCCACCUCUGCACAUUAACUUCUUCAUGUCCUCAGGAACUUGCCAGCCAUUAUCAGCUUCCCUCCUUCUUCUCCUUUCUGACGUGUCCGAAGCACUGCUUUCCACAGACCUCAGUCUCAUACCCCGGCGUUCUCUACUCCCGGUUUACGUCACAGCCAGCAUCAACGAGCAAAUCCACUUCGAGGUUUUCGUGCUUAGCCUGUCAGCGGUUGUGGAACCGUUUGGGCUUGAGUCCGUAGAGAAGGGGAUGGAUUUUUAUGGAGGAACAGAGAGGUGGCGGGGCAUUGUGAGGUUGUUGGAAAGGGGAGCGCUGGAGCUGGAUACGGCUGCGAGGAAGAGGGAUGGUAGAGGCUUGGAGAGUAUACUGGUUCUCGAGAUAGAGGUUGCGCCGUAG